AUGGAAGCUAAGCAGAUAGCCAGUCACUGGCUGAAUAACUUCGCCGAGCACGUCUACGCCGGUAACGUAGAUGACGUUGUCUCCUACUUCCAGCCCGACGGAUGGCUUCGGGACAUCCUUAUCUUCACCUGGGACAAUCGCUCGCUGGAAGGCCACGACAAGAUCAGGGCCUACUUACGCGAUACGUUGACGACGCCCAAUAUCCGGGAUAUCAAGCUCGACGAGCGCCCCCAUGUUGGGCCGUACUUAGGCCCAGUGACGGCUGCGCAUCAUGGGGUGGGAUUUGGUUUCACCUUUCAGACAGACAUUGCACACGGUCGUGGUUACAUUCGCCUCACCCAGGCACAAGAUUCGGGGGAAUGGAGAGCUAUUUCCGUAUCUACGGAAAUGAUGGAUUUGAAGGGCCACGAAGAAGAAAGAUAUGAAUUGGGUGUCUAUGGCGGGCAUACUUUGGCGUGGGAGUCGGUGAAGAAUUCCCGCCGCGACUACGUCGAGGAACACCCACAUGUACUUAUCAUCGGCGGGGGGCAGGCCGGCUUGAUAGUCGCAGCGCGCUUCAAGCAAAUGAACCUACCUGCGAUCGUACUGGAGAGGACGGCUCGUGUAGGUGAUGUGUGGCGGAACAGAUAUCCAACUUUGACCUUGCAUACCCCUCGCAACCAACACCAAAUGCUUUAUCAACCCUUCCCAAGCACAUGGCCUAGAUUCACACCAAAGGACAAACUUGCCGAUUGGUUGGAGCAAUACGCUGUUACCCAGGAUUUGGUGGUCUGGAAUAAUUCGCAACCUCUCCCCCAGCCAAAAUAUGAUCCCCUGACGAAGACCUGGCACGUUAAAGUCGCCCGUGAUGGGAAAAUCGUCGAACUCAACCCAACUCACAUCGUAGUAGCCACAGGAACGCUAGGUGCACCCCGCAUCCCCACCAUCGAAGGGCGGGACGACUUCAAAGGAACUAUCUUUCACAACGCAGACUUCCAUGGAGCGAAGCCCUUUGAAGGCCGGAAGGUUGUCGUUGUCGGCGCGGGGAAUACAUCUGCGGACAUUUGUCAGGAUCUAGUCUUCCAUGGAGCCGCCUCUGUCACCAUGGUUCAGCGGAGUUCAUCGUGUGUUGUGUCUGCCGCAAGCGCGCACGUUGGCCUCGACAUGAGAUUCCCCGAAGGCGUGCCGGCCGAGGUUGCUGAUUUCAAGAAUGAAUCGCUUCCAUUUGGGAUGGUGAAGAAACUUCUGUCUCAAGAUGAGCAGAAGGUCUGGGAGGACCAUAAAGACAUGCAUGAAGGUUUGAGAAAGGCGGGACUGAAAUUAAACAUGGGUGUAGAUGGCGCUGGGCUUCCCAGCUUGGUACACCAGCGACUGGGCGGUAAGUGGUUGGAUGUUGGCUGUUCGCAGCUCAUCAUAGAUGGGAAAGUCAAAGUCAAGCAAGGAGUAGAAAUCGCCCGAUUGUCGAGCGACUUAGUCCACUUUACGGAUGGUUCUACUCUCGAAGCUGAUGUUGUUAUCCUUGCGACUGGGUACGAGAACAUUAGAGAGACGAUGCGAGAACUCUUCGGCGAUGAGGUCAUCGACAAAACAGGGCCCGUAUAUGGGCUAGACGAAGAAGGAGAGUUCAGGUCCUCUUUUCGCCGUUCCGGACAUCCUGGUUUAUGGUUCGCAGCAGGCGAUUUUGUAUAUUCCAGAUUUUAUUCAAAGAGGCUGGCACUGGAGCUCAAGGCCAUACAACUUGGUUUAAUCCAAGCGUAA